AUGAACUAUACGCAUAUUUACUUGUCCUUUAUUUACAAUAUCGAUUCCAAUUCCAACAGGAGUAUUGAUUCCAAUUGCAACAGUAUAAACUUUGGGUUGGCUUUACGAAUCGCCGUUGAUGGCCGUCGCAUACGCCUCCGUUCGCUCUAUAAAUCAACUGUUGGGUUGCUCUUUAGAAUCAAUCAUUCUUCAGAAUUGAAGAGCAAGAAGAUGAUGAAUGACAAGAUGAAAGCUUUGAUGAUUGGAGUUGUAGGUGCAGGAAUCACACUUUCUGCUUAUUCACAAACAUACAUGACUCCAACUCAGUGCAUUGGCACCGGCCUUGUUAUACUAAUUGUAGGACUUUUUGUCGGGGAAGGUAUCCUUCCGGUCUAA